CAUCCUCACACUAUCGGAUGACAGCUACUGACGGACUCAUCUCGUGGGUAUCGAAAUGUCGAAGGCAUGAAGUGCUGAUAGCAGCUGGAGGGGUGCUGUUGCUUCUGUCACUUUUCUCUGUCUACCAACUGAGGAUAGCGCAUCGCUUCUACCAGAGGAGGUCUCUGAGAACACUGCCUCACGGCAUGGCGCUGAGCGCGGUGCAGAAAAACUCUUCCCGGUGGAUCAAAAUGCCGCGGGAAGUCAUCCUGAAGAUGAAAAGACCCGUCGUUGGCAGAAGUUCCCGCUUAUCUUACCGGCAUUCGUCUUCGUCAUCACUUGGACCCGUACAUUGGUGGUAUCCAGGUUUUCGUUGGGUCUUCAUGAUCACGCCGACAUAUCGUCGUGUCACGCAGCGCCUCGACCUUGUGCGUCUCACAAACAGCCUCGGGCAUGUUGAGAAUGUGGUAUGAACAUGAAGAAGACACCGACCUCUGGAUACACCCCUGUACUCCUUGCAGCAUUUCGUGCUCGUCGAGGAUUCCCAUCAAAUCACGCCAAGAAUACAGCAGCUGCUUGAUGCAAGUCCAGUGCUGCAUUGGUCCCACCUUCAUUUUUCCACUACCGGCCAGUACCACGUAAAGGGUGCAGAGCAAAGGAAUACAGGGCUCGACCACAUCCGUGGCAUGAUUAGCAGCGAGAUUGACGCCGACCUUCGGAGGGCUUACGAGGUCGAGUAUACGUGCCGAGCAUAUCCAUUUGUCCGACUGCGUUGUUUUUGGCGUUCAGGCCGGUGUGGUUUAUUUUGCUGACGAGAGCAACGCAUACGACCUCAAACUGUUCGCAGAGAUCCGGAAAGUGAAGCGGAUAGGCGUGUGGCCGGUGGGGGCCGUUUCAGGUCUCCCCUUCCAGCACUGUGUCGUUAGUCCAAACACGGGCAAAAUCAAAGGCUACGUGGCAGAGGUGAAAUCCAUCUGUCCACCUUCUUUGUUGGUUAAUUGCACCUGUAUCAAUGCAGAGCCUUAACCCCUUUCCGAUGGACACCGCGGGUGAGACAUCCUGGACGUCACGUCAGGAUGUGCUGCUAAGCGUUUGACUAGAUUUGUCUAGGCUUUGGGAUUCAUGUAAAAAGCAUCCUGACACACUCCCGCGACGAGCCCCGCUGGAACAAGCACGCCGAAGCAGACAUGGCGGUGAAGGCUUGUACGCGGUUUCCUCAUGGGAUGGGUGGACGUGAAUUGGUGUUUGCAGAUCACUGAUUUUCUUCAGCAAUUCGGCCUGCCCCUGGAAGAGCUUGAGCCUCUUGGAUCCAAUUGCACAGAGGUACACCGUGUGGAUGAGCUUCUUCAAAUCCUCGUCCAUUGUGCAGGUGCACGUAUGGAAGGCGCAUACUGAGCAUGGUGCCCGUCCUGACGCGGUGAUUCAACAACUCGGUCAUCAUGGAUGGCAUGAUUGAAAACGAUAGAUGGCCAGACCUCUACACUGAGUCGCACUUAUUUGUCUAGAUUGGUAGAUGAUGUAUGCACGUCUGUGGCCAUUCAUGACCGAAAACGAGAGACGGCCCAGUCCACAAUAUAUAGCCCUUUAUGACGGAAUGGCAAAGUAUUUGUCUACUUUGUCGACUGAAUCAGAACUUUAGAAUUGUUGCCCUUGACCCGUUGUGGACAGGCGUCACUUACAGACUCCUUGUCGGCAUGGCAGAUGUGGACGCACUCCACUGUCGGUGCCUCUCUCUUAGAUGGCCUUUCUGACCUCUUCUUGGUCUCGGGCACCAGCUGACUCCUGAGCACCGCGUUGGCAUCGGU